AUGAAACCUCUUAUGCUACAAGGACAUGAACGUGCAAUCACACAGAUCAAGUAUAACCGCGAAGGUGACUUACUAUUUUCUGCUGCAAAGGAUGCUAAGCCCAAUGUCUGGUGGUCCUUAAAUGGUGAACGUUUGGGUACUUUCAAUGGUCAUGGUGGUGUUGUAUGGUGUCUUGAUGUAGACUGGCAAACCAUCAAUCUUAUUACUGGCGGUGGUGACAGUUCUUGCAGGUUGUGGGACUUGGAGACUGGUAAAAAUAUUGCAACAAUAAAAACCAAUUCUUCAGUAAGAACAUGCAACUUCAGUUAUAGUGCAUAUCAAGCUGCCUACACAACUGACAAAGCGAUGCGUCAUCCUUGUGAGGUAUUUAUAAUUGACACAAGAACUGUUGAUGACUCCAUCUCAAGCCAAUCCCCCAUACUGAAGUGGGAAAUCACAGACUCCAAAGUUACUUCAAUGGUUUGGGGAACAUUAGAUGAAACUAUUAUCACUGGUCAUGAAGCCGGUGACCUGAUCCAAUGGGAUCUGAGGACUGGCAAAAAAAUACACUCAGUUAAAGAGCACAAUCAUCAGAUUAAUGACAUGCAGCUUUCGCGUGACGGUACUAUGUUCAUAACCGCCUCGAAAGACCAAACGGCCAAACUGUUUGACACCAGUUCCCUGGAACUACUCAAGGAAUAUAAAACUGAGCGACCAGUGAACUCGGCAGCUCUAAGCCCCAUCCUUGACCAUGUAGUCUUAGGUGGUGGACAGGAUGCUAUGGAAGUAACAACAACAUCUACGAGACAGGGUAAAUUUGACGCCCGUUUCUUCCAUUUAGUGUUUGAAGAGGAAUUUGGCCGUGUCAAAGGGCACUUUGGUCCCAUCAACAGUUUAGCAUUCCAUCCUGAUGGCAAAAGUUAUGCGUCUGGUGGUGAAGAUGGUUAUGUCCGUGUACAGAGUUUUGAUCAAUCUUACUUUGACUAUACAUUCGAUUAUAACAGAGAUUAA